AUGUUCCUUUUCAGAAAAUUAUUUCUCAUUUUCUACUUUUUAAUAUGGAUAUUGCAACACCAUGAUGAGUCAACUGCCUUUGGUAUACAAUGCAAUGUGGGAAGCUCCAUAAACAUCUCACCAAAUGAAACAUGUGAUAGAGUGUUAAGAGUAAAAGAAAAAGAAUCGAACUCGAAAAGAAGAAUAAAGAAUACUGAUUUAAAAGAAAGAAUAAAAACAUUGCUAGAUGAAGAUGAUAACACUUUUGCAGAAAAACUAAAUGCAAUAGUCAAUGAUGACGAAUUCAGAAAACAGAUGAAUGUGUUAAUACACAAGAACACUUCUGGAAAAAUGCUCUUUCGAUCAACACAAGAGAAGGGAUUAAAAAGGAAUUUUUAUCCAUACAACAGUAGAGGUAACUAUGAGGAAAAUACUGACCAAUUCGAAAAUUAUGAUAGCUUCGAAGAUAUUUUUCACGAAUUUGAACGUGAAAGCAAUCAUAAAGCAAAACCAGUUAAUGGAAUAAGACGGAAUAAAUCAAAUAUCCAAGAAUCAGUUGAAAAAGAAGAGGAGGAAGAGUACGAUAUCGCCAUUAAUAUAUCACAAAAUCUACGUCGUAAUAAAUCCCUUCAAUCUUUAUUUUAUGAUUAUGAAUACAAAGGAGAACCACAAUCAUGGAUAGAUAGAAAAAUCCAUAAAUUUAACUCAAAGUUGGAUUCAGAAAUUAUAAGAUUCCUGAGAAUUAUGUCACGCCGUACAAGAAUUUAUAAAGGUAAAGGACUAUCAGGAUAUUUAAAGUCUCUAUGCAGUAAAUAUAGAGUAUUUAGUCCACUCGCAGCAGGUGUAGUUUUAUCUAUUCUUACAAUGCAUAUUGCAUUUCUUGUUAGUAAUCCAAUAAUUUUUAUAUUAUUCUCAUUGAUCACCUUUAAUUGUACUCUGGUGAUGGGCACGUACUACAUUAUAAGAUUAUUGUAUAUCAAAUAUUAUUUUUAA